CUGUUCUGACGGUGUGGCAGUCAUGAAGGACGGUAGCAGAACAGAAGAACAGGCGGAGGUUUCCCGACAAGAGGUUUAUGAAGAGUAUGUGAACUAUUACCUCCAGUCGUGUCCAGAGGUUCGGCCGUGCUGCGACCCCUCUCUGCUGAAGAGGACUGCUCAGUAUCUGCUGGGAGAGCCUGAGCCCACAGAGGCUUUCACAGUCUUCCCAUUCCACCAGGCUGUGCGGCAGGACUGGGUACCACAGAGCACCGACGGGAGGACACACCUGAAAGCUCUCAUUAAAGCCACCCAACUGCUGGAGACCAUCUGUGUCAAUCUGAUCCUUCAACCCUGGAGGAAGGAGAUCAAGACACUUAAGACGUUUACAGGUCCAUUUAUUUACUGUCUCCUGCCGGUUCUCAGCAGUUCUACCAUUCAGUCAGUCCUGGGCUCUGUUGGAUACCUGCCCCAUAGUGAUAAUCAACAAAGUGAAUACAGACUCAGUGAGGAUGCUAACCCAGACAGGGCCAUGCUGCUGGGGUUUGAACUGCUGCUGGCCAGGGUGGAAUGUGACCACCUCCUGGAGAUCUUUGAGAAGGAUCAGCUGGGACCACAGGAGUUUCUGGAGUUUAUACAGAGGAGAAUGGGGCCUUCAUAUCCGGAUGAACCUACAGAGAAAAAGACAACAAUAGGGAAAAAAGAGGAGAACAUGAAGUUGGAAGAGACAUAUAGAAAAGAGGUUUCCAUGAAUCGUUGUGGUACCUGGACCGUAGUCGUGCCUCCUGCUGUACCUCUGUAUUUGGACACCAGGCUUCCAGUUAAACCCAAGCCCAAGCCUAGACGCUGCCAUCUCAUCGGCUUAGACCAGUCCAUUAUGGAGAUGCAGAUGACCUACCCCGACCUUGCCUUCAGGGGCCGUCCUCUGCUACCAGGCAAACCUCAACGAGGAAAGAGCAGCAGUAAAGAUGUUCACACUACCAGCAUCAAUGAUAACAGUGGUGACAGUCAAGCUGCUGAGGUCCCCAAAAUAGAGUGUAUUAAAGGCACCAAAGCUGCUGCUGCAACUAUACGCAGUAAAUAUGAUGGCAGCAAAGCUGAUAAAGUUUUUGGUGAUGAUUGCAGAGACAGUGGUUGUAAUGACAGGAACAGUGGUGGGCCCCUCCCAGAAAACACCAAUAGCAGCCACAUCAGUAACACUGAUGGAAGCAGAGAUUAUGCAUUCAGGGACCCUCAGGGCAAUUCCCUGCACAUCACACUGAGAGCUGCUUUCAGAGCAGAGGAGAGCCUGAAACCUGGAGAGGCUCAGCCCACAUCAGAGCCUCCUGCCUUGACACAGCAUCAGACGGUAGCAGACCUACAAAAUAAGAGACUGACCAACCCAAAGCUUCCCUCUAUGAGCUCCACAGAUGAGGUGCAGGAGCAGAGAGAGCUGGCAGACAGCAUGUACCAGCUCCAUCUGCAAGACACCAAAAAGGAAGGGGAAAGAAAAGAAGAAAACAAGAAGGAAGAGAAAAACACAAAUAAUGAGAGGAGCAACACAGAGAGAGAGGCAAGCACAGAGGAAGAGGCAGAGGAGGAGAACCUCGGUAAGCCAGCGAUGACAGCUCCUGCACUGGGCUGUGCUGCAAGUAGAUGCACCAGAUCGUCUCAGUCUGAUCCUGCAGUGAUGAAAGAGCAGAAGCAACAUACUGUGUGUCACCACUCAACACUGGCCGUCAGUACAGUAGAUUGCCAGAGCUGUAUAGGAGGAGAAACUACAGAACAGCAGGAAAUAGAGGAUACUGCGAUAGCAGAAACAGGCAGAGGAGUUGAGGAGCAGCUGACACAGAGCUUUGUUAUAGUCGAGCUUCACAAGAAAUAACUUGCUCUCAACAUUAAUUUACAUGUAUAUGGAAAUUAUCAAUCACAAAACUACUGUGCAAGCCAAGACCAAUACAAGCUGUUAUCAGUCUGUAAGCCAAGAUUUAAAAGUGCAAUAGUACAGAUGUAAAGGAGCACAACAACAUUUUCAUGCACAAUCCCAAUUGUAUGUUGCUCCAUUAAAAAUCUGGUCUACCUAUACUCUCAGGAUUUUUUCAGUGUUAAAGACCCAUAAUUUUGAUAUAUUUAGUAUGUCACUGAAAAUUUGCAGUUGUAGAUAAAAAAACAAAACAGCAUCUUAUUGCUCUUCUCAUCGGACCAUGUUUGAAAAUGUAGGCAUGUCUUACACCUGUCAGUCAAUUCCAGAAUAAUAGUGGCAGGUUCCAGCUUAAAUUUUGAUUGAGGAGUAACCCUUAUUUGAUGCAGAUUUUGCCUUUAAACACUUUUAAACAAUUAAGAAAGCUGAUGGAGCAGAUCAGAAGCCUUGUGUUUUACAGGAUAACACUUCACUUCCAGGUUAUGUCCAACAGAGUUUGCUGUGCUCUAAGUUUUUAUUUUCAAGGAGUAAAGAUGUUUCCUCUAAAAAAAAAAA